AUGCAGGACGCCUGGACUGCUCGCAAAGCUGAAGAGAUCCAAGGCUGCGCGGACCGGAAAGAAUGGAAGAACUUCUUCUCUGCGAUCAAAGCUGUCUACUGUCCGCCGACGAAGGGCACUGCUCCUCUCCUCAGCGCCGACGGCAGUACUCUCCUGACUGGGAAGACGCAAAUCCUGCAGCGAUGGGCCGAGCAUUUUCGAGGCGUCCUCAACCGCCCCCCCCCCCCCUCCGUCAUCUCCGACGCCGCCAUCGAGCGUUUGCCGCAAGUGGAGACCAACGCGGACCUUGACCGUCCGCCAUCUCUUUAGGAGACCAUCAGGGCCGUGCAGCAGCUCCUCAGCGGGAAAGCACCCGGAUCGGACGCGAUCCCUGCUGAGGUCUACAAGCACGGACGUCCCCAACUGAUGGAUCACCUGACUGCGCUCUUCCAGGAGAUGUGGCGUCAAGGCGAAGUCUCGCAAGAUUUCAAAGACGCAACAAUCGUGCACUUAUACAAGCGAAAAGGGAAUCGUCAAAUCUGCGACAAUCACCGUGGCAUCUCCUUGCUGAACAUCGCCGGGAAGAUCUUUGCUCGCGUCCUUCUCAACCGCCUUAAUAACCACCUUGAACAGGGCCUUUUGCCGGAAAGCCAAUGCGGCUUCCGUCGUCAUCGUGGGACCACGGACAUGAUCUUCGCCGCCCGUCAACUUCAGGAGAAGUGUCAGGAGAUGCGGACACACCUGUACUCUACCUUCGUGGACCCGACGAAAGCCUUCGACAAGGUGAAUCGUGAAGGACUGUGGAAGAUCAUGCAGAAAUUCGGUUGUCCGGAGCGAUUCACUCAGAUGGUGCGUCAGCUGCACGACGAUAUGAUGGCGCGAGUCACGGACAACGGAGCUGUCUCAGAGGCAUUCGCAGUGACCAACGGAGUGAAGCAGGGAUGCGUGCUGGCGCCAACCCUCUUCAGUCUCAUGUUUUCUGCCAUGCUGAUGGACGUCUACCGCGACGAACGCCCCGGGAUCCGUAUCGCCUACAAUACGGACGGUCACCUGCUGAAUCAACGGCGGAUGCACUUCCAAUCGCGCGUAUCCACAACCACCGUCCACGAACUUCUGUUCGCCGACGACUGCGCCCUGAACACCACCUCGGAAGAGGAAAUGCAACGCAGCAUGGACCUUUUCUCCGCCGCCUGCGAGAACUUUGGGCUGGUUAUCAACACGCAGAGGACGGUGGUGAUGCAUCAACCGCCGCCCAACUCAGCCACAGACCCAACGCGUCGCAAAUCAACGUGA